UAGCCUGAUCCCGAGGCACGUGUUGGAGUCCACCUACAGCAUUUGCCUGCCAGCACCCCACGAGACCGAAGACCCGGACAGGGCACCCAUUUCGGAGGAACUGCUCAAUGCCUAUGGAUACAUGCGAGGAUUCAUGACACAGAGUGGGCUACCAGAUAACCCUCGUGCAUCGCGCUACAUUCUGAAAGACUUUGUCAACGGGAAGCUGCUCUACUGUGUGGCACCACCUGGUGUUGACCAGAAGGAGUACCACACGUUCCCACUACCCCCGAGCAAAACACGUCGGCCUCUGCUCACUUUUGACCAGCCACCACAGAUGCGGCGGGCACAGAACCGCAAGACAACUAGCAGGGACAUUGACAGGAACUUCUUUCAGAAGAUACAGUAA